AUGGUGAACAGCAAUUGCUCUUAUAUUUUCAGAGUAAUCCUGGCAUUAUUGGUAAUGGGAUCAGAGUCCAGUCCAUUGUUCCUCAGCAAAAAACAUGGAAAACAUGGGGGGUUGUUUGGAGGCAGUUUCAACGUUUAUGGAGGUGGUUACAAUCAUGGUUAUGGAGGAGGAGGCAUUUAUUCCCCCUAUGGAGGAGCAGGUGCAUACCCUGGAAUUGGUGGACCUGCUUUUAAUGGUUUCAAUGGAGGAGGUGGAAUUGGAGGACUUUAUGGUGGCUACCAAGGAGGAUACAAUCCAUUUAACUAUGGCUGAGCUGUGGACUCCUUGGAAAAUACUUGUCUGUACUGUACCCUGUCCUGUGUGUUGCAAAUUGUGAAUUUUAUUUCACAUUUCAGUGCUGCUUUGGCAAUGAUGGUCUUUGACAAAUAAAUUGAGUUUCCUGAA